AUGGCAUGGCUACUGCAACACUCAGGGCAGCAAGAAGGCACGACGCAGCCGUCAGGCAACAAGAAGAGCAAGACCAAGGAGUCAGACGAGGUGAUCACGCGACGGCUGGCAGUACAGCUCGAAGCGCGGGUGAGGACACUCGAGUAUGCGCAGACCGUUCAGAUCUACCUCCCGCACGACCACUUGUUAAUCGAGGACGGGCGCAAAGUGUACCAGAGGUACUUGGACAUCGUGAAGGAAGAAGGACCACAGCACGAGAGGGGGCCGCCAGAGUUGCAGAUUUUCGGCUCCAAUCUGUCCGCUAUCGCGAGCUGGUUGAACGAGGGAUCGUCAAGCCCAGCCAUGAAGAAGUUCAAGGGCGUCCCCGAGCGCCUGCUCCUGAUGAUGAGCCACACGGACGGGACGGGGGCCAGCGAGUGGGUGAAGGAGUACGGGUUUUCGCCGACGUACGACCAGAAGAAGGCCAGGCUGACCCUCACCCUCCUCGGACAGGUGCUCGUCGGAGUGACGGCAGAGGCGGCAGAGAAGCUGCUCAAGGAGCAAAGCGAGGCUUGGGGGAACGCCGCGGCGGAGGCCACCCUGCAGAAGAGCCCACUGGAGAUC